CAGUCUGUCCUCGAUGCCGUCAGCCUUGGCCAUCUUCACUUGCCGCCCGAACUCGCACCCGUUUCAGGAGCGCCAUGUCUACCUGGACGAACCCAUUAAAAUCGGCCGCUCAGUGGCCCGCUGUCGACCAGCGCAGAAUAAUGCUACCUUUGAUUGCAAAGUGCUGUCAAGGAAUCAUGCUCUCGUCUGGUUUGAUCACAAGACGGGCAAGUUUUAUCUCCAAGACACUAAAAGUAGUAACGGUACCUUUAUAAAUAGCCAGAGAUUGAGUCGAGGCUCUGAAGAAAGUCCACCAUGUGAAAUUCUUUCUGGUGACAUUAUCCAGUUUGGGGUAGAUGUAACGGAGAACACACGGAAAGUUACCCAUGGGUGUAUUGUUUCCACAAUAAAACUUUUUCUACCAGAUGGUAUGGAAGCCCGACUCCGCUCAGAUGUCAUCCAUGCUCCAUUACCAAGUCCUGUUGACAAAGUUGCUGCUAACACUCCAAGUAUGUACUCUCAGGAACUAUUCCAGCUUUCUCAGUAUCUACAGGAGGCCUUACAUCGGGAACAGAUGUUGGAACAGAAGUUAGCCACACUUCAGCGGCUACUAGCCAUCACCCAAGAGGCUUCAGAUACCAGUUGGCAGGCUUUAAUAGAUGAAGAUAGACUCUUAUCACGGUUAGAAGUUAUGGGAAACCAAUUACAGGCAUGCUCCAAAAAUCAAACAGAAGAUAGUUUACGGAAGGAACUUAUAGCAUUACAGGAGGACAAACACAACUACGAGACGACAGCCAAAGAGUCCCUGAGGCGGGUUCUUCAGGAGAAAAUUGAAGUGGUUAGAAAACUUUCAGAAGUUGAGCGAAGUCUGAGUAAUACUGAAGAUGAAUGUACACAUCUUAAAGAAAUGAAUGAACGGACUCAGGAAGAAUUAAGAGAAUUAGCCAAUAAAUAUAAUGGAGCAGUUAAUGAAAUUAAAGAUUUAUCUGAUAAAUUAAAGGUAGCAGAGGGAAAACAAGAAGAAAUCCAACAGAAGGGACAAGCUGAGAAAAAAGAAUUACAACAUAAAAUAGAUGAAAUGGAAGAAAAAGAACAGGAGCUCCAGGCAAAAAUAGAAGCUUUGCAAGCUGAUAAUGACUUCACCAAUGAAAGGCUAACAGCUUUACAAGUACGGUUAGAACAUCUUCAGGAGAAAACUCUUAAAGAAUGCAGCAGUUUAGGGAUACAAGUUGAUGACUUCUUACCUAAAAUAAAUGGGAGCACAGAAAAAGAGCACUUGCUUUCAAAGAGUGGCGGGGACUGCACUUUUAUUCAUCAAUUCAUAGAAUGCCAGAAGAAGCUGAUCGUCGAGGGGCAUCUAACCAAAGUGGUAGAAGAAACAAAGCUUUCAAAAGAAAACCAGGCAAAAGCAAAAGAAUCUGAUUUGUCAGAUACUCUGAGUCCAAGCAAGGAAAAAAGUAGUGACGACACUACAGACGCCCAAAUGGAUGAGCAAGACUUAAAUGAACCUCUUGCUAAAGUGUCUCUAUUAAAAGAUGACUUGCAGGGUGCACAGUCAGAAAUUGAGGCAAAACAAGAAAUUCAGCAUCUUCGCAAGGAAUUGAUUGAAGCCCAGGAACUAGCUAGAGCAAGUAAACAAAAAUGCUUUGAACUUCAAGCUCUUUUGGAAGAAGAAAGAAAAGCCUAUCGAAAUCAAGUUGAAGAAUCCAGUAAACAAAUACAGGUUCUUCAAGCCCAACUACAGAGGUUACACAUCAAUAUUGAGAAUCUCCGGGAGGAGAAGGACAGUGAAAUCACAAGCACUAGAGAUGAACUGCUUAGUGCUCGAGAUGAAAUUUUGCUUCUUCAUCGAGCAGCAGAAAAGGCUGCCUCUGAGCGGGACACUGACAUUGCCUCGUUACAAGAAGAGCUUCAGAAGGUGCGAGCUGAGCUUGAGCGGUGGCGGAAAGCAGCGUCUGAAUAUGAGAAAGAAAUCGCAAGUCUGCAAAAUAGUUUUCAGCUUCGAUGUCAGCAGUGUGAGGACCAGCAGAGAGAGGAAGCAACAAGGCUACAAAGUGAACUAGAGAAGUUGAAAAAGGAAUGGAAUGUAUUGGAAACCGAAUGCCAUUCUCUAAAAAAGGAAAAUGUUUUGUUAUCAUCAGAACUGCAGCGGCAAGAAAAAGAAUUGCACAAUUCUCAGAAGCAGAGUUUAGAGCUUACCAGUGAUCUCAGCAUCCUUCAACUGACUAGGAAACAGCUUGAGAAUCAAGUGGGAUCCUUGAAAGAACAGCAUCUUCGGGAUUCAGCUGAUUUAAAAACGCUUCUCAGUAAGGCUGAAAACCAAGCAAAGGAUGUACAGAAAGAGUAUGAAAAGACACAGACUGUACUCUCAGAACUGAAGUUGAAGUUUGAAAUGACUGAGCAGGAAAAACAAUCAAUCACAGAUGAGCUCAAACAAUGUAAAGACAACCUGAAGCUGCUCCGAGAAAAAGGAAAUAAUCCUUCCAUAUUACAACCCGUCCCAGCCGUAUUCAUCGGCCUAUUCCUGGCUUUCCUGUUUUGGUGUUUCGGUCCAUUGUGGUAGAGAAAGAAACCCUGGCCCUGGAUGCCCAUGUUGGCUGCCCUGGUUGCGGUGACAGCCAUCGUGCUGUACGUGCCAGGUCUGGCCAGAGCGUCUCCAUGAGAGCGUUUCUUGAGUCCGUACACCGUCCUCCCUUUAGAAGCUGGCAUCACACUCAUGCUGGGGACAAACAGAACCAUUUUCUUCCUUUUUACCUCUUAAGACAGCAGAAGUACAAGAAUACAGCUGUAGGGUCAUUGCUUUAAAUUAUAUAAAAUGUAUCUAUCUAUAAAGAGGAUAUAAAAUUGUGACUUUAUUCUACUGUAAGCAAUAAUUUGCUUGCAAUUUUUCAUGUAAUUUUUAAAUUAGUAUGUUGAGAUUCUGAAUAUUAUGGUGGCCUAAAGUAGGCUUCUUGGUACACCAAAUUAUUUAUAACAUUAAAUUUAUGGGUAUUUUACUCUGAAUUCUAAUGGCCAGAUAAUUCAUUUUUCUGAUUCGAAAACUACCCAAACCAAACAACCAGUACAUACAUGGGAAGAGAGGCCCUGUGUGCUCAGUGCCUAUCAGUUUGAAAUAUAUACACAUAUAUAUAUAUUUUUUACAUAUUUACGCCAUUUUUACUUGUUAUAAAACCACUGAGCUAUUGGGAACAAGACUUAGAGACAACUAUUUGUGUGGAUUUUCUUUCUUUCUUUCUUUCUUUCUUUCUUUUUUUAAGGAGAAAUACACUUGGAAAAUAUUCUGUUCUAGUGAUAAUUUGGGGAAUAUGUGCACGCUUGUUCAGCCUUAAUGUGACUUGACAAUGUGGAGGACAUCAACUUUGAAAAACUUUCCAUGAGAGUGUGUAUUUUCUUGAGCAAACUGAAGUAUUUCUGGGAGCAAAAACAGUUCUACAAUUUCAGUGCAGUAAACCAAACUGUUGAGUCAAUUGGAAUGUAAUUUAUUAAACCUCAUGUAUUUAAAGAGAUAUUUUCUUUAAAAGCCAAGUUACUUUCUCAUAUACAGCAUUUUAGGAAGCAUGAUUUUUUUUUUCUAUCAUCUCUUCCUCCAAGCAUGUUUAAUUGAAGAAAGAAUUAAUAUCUCUUUAGAUAAGCUUUUACUGACUUAAUUUGGUUAUGAUAUUUCAAAGCUAAUUCAUGUUCAAGGUGAGCUGUUGUUACCUACCAACAGAUUUCCUGGUCGGGUAUGCAAACGGUUAUUUUCUUUUUACUGUUGUUAAUUGGGACUUUCUGUUUAUGAGAAGCAUUAUUCCCAAGAUUAAUAGUGUUCCAUGCACAGUGCGGCACCUAAACACUGCUUGAUGUUAUAAAUUUAAAACACAGAAGUGACAGUUUAGCUAUGGUUUUGUGCGGCACCACAGUUAUGUCAAUAAAAUUUUUUUAGGUCAUAGAAUAUCCUAAAGUAUCACAUAGUUAAAUUUUUCAGUCAAUGAAGACUGGGAGGGAAUGUCAGUGAAUUGGCUUGAUUGUUCUGUGGCAAUCCACAGGCCUAGCCAAAUGUUGAAAUAGAAGUUUAGGAUAUAAUUUGCCUUGUGAUGUUUGGCAGUCGUUGUUUAUACUUUAAAGGUUAUAUUUUAUGCUAUUUGGGAUUUGCUGUUGGGAGGAUCACUAGAUUUAUGGAGGAAUUAGUCACAAACGACUUGUAGAAAAUGCUGUCAUAUAGUUCAUUUCAUCAUUUUCUGUUGCAGGAAGCCACUCCACCACAGAAUGCUAAUAUGCCAGUGGUACCCAGUACCUCUUGUAUAUAGGUUAUUGCAAAUAUUGUUCUGAAAUGCUUAACUUCAGAAUUACAUUUUUUAAAGUAAAUAAUUGUUUUAAAUCUAUUUUGUAAAGAUAUAAAGUACAAUAGAAUUUCUGGAGUACAGAUUAAACUAUUUGCACUAACACACGUGAUGUGCAUGAUUUAAUAAAAUAACUUUACUCUCCCUA